AUUUGAAAUAGAAAAGGUAGUGCGCGCAAAUGUUAACUUAAACCGUGAUAAGUACACGUGCGAUUCUGUUGAAUGUCCGAGAACUAAAUCAAACAGAAUGGUGAAUAUCCUUCUCGCUAUAACAUUUCAAAGAGAUGUAAUAUUAAAUAUAGCUCGAAUGUAAGGAUGUAUUGGUUGGCUUAGUACUUGCUUUAAAAUAAAGACAACUAUGAAAUAGAAAAAGUAUUUGCUGGUGGUUUAACUAGUAUCUGACUGUCAAAGUUACCUGUUUCCUUUCAGUUAGUAAUAAUAUUUUUCGAGACUGCAACAAAUAUUCAAGUGCCCUUUGUUACUCUUCUGCAGUCGCUACUCCUUGGAGUGAAAUAACUUCACACUUUGUAUAGUACCUUUCAAUUAUGGCAUGGAUGUAGAAAUGGCCACAGGAGUAUAUAACAGGUUCGGUCAGGGAGAAAGCCUGGGUUCUCAUUCAACCAUGGAAAUAAACUCAGCGUAUUCUCACAUUCAGAGAAAAGACAUCAUUGGGGCUGGAUAUGUAGGAGAUUCGAGAAUGAUUCAAGAACAGAUGGAGGAUUUCACUAACAACCUUAAUAAUUCCAUUAUGAACCAGGACAAGAAUAUGCAGUUCCAGCAACAACUACUGCAACUCAAGCAGCAGCAGCAUAUUCAGCAGCAGUUACUGCUACAACACUUCCAACAACAACAACAACAACUUGCAGAACAACAUGAGCAACAAAUACAGGAAAGAAUAAAGGAAUACCUGGAGCAGCAGAAGAGGAUUAAGGACCAGAAACUGGAGAUAGAAAGAAGAGAAAAUGAAAAACUUGAAUCUUUGAAGCAAAAAGAGAAACAUGAACAAAGUGCUGUAGCUUCAUCUGAAGUAAAACAAAGACUUCAAGAGUUUGUUCUCAGUAAAAGACAGAGAGAAGCUGCCGUUGGUAGUACAAGUAAUUCACCGCCUAACCUGCGAGACUGGUCACGUCAAUAUAAAUCUCUGGACCAAGGCUCAACAUCUACCGUUUCUUCCCGUUGUAGGCAUCCUCUACUUGGCAAAUAUGACGACGAUUUUCCACUUCGGAAAACAGCUUCCGAGCCCAACCUUAAAGUCCGUUCUGUGUUGAAGCAAAAAGUAAUAGAGAGACGCAGUAGCCCUUUAUUAAGAUGCAAAGACAAAGGGGCGACUCCUGUGAAGAGGAGACCAUCUGUUGCAAUAGAUGGAAGUAGUAGUAAAUCUGAUUCUGGACCAGGAUCGCCGCCAGAGGGAGCUAGUAUCCAUUCCCUCCACUCUAGUAAUGGCAGUACUCCAAUACAAGAGGAACCUGGUUCACCUUAUAUUUUGGGUUAUUGUAAUGACAUGGCCCUCUAUUCCUCUCCAUCCAUGCCAAACAUAACAUUGGGACGUCCACCUGUACCAACCAGUAGUACUAUAGAAGGUAAGGGAAUGUCUGAAGCCCAGGUUCGAGCCAUGGCGGCAGCAAGACUGGGUGUACCUCUAACAUCACAUAUGCUACACUCCUCUCUUCCUUUUUACCCCUCCUUGCCAGUGAUUGAUGGUGAGUUCACUCCACUAACAAGUCCUAGUUACAUACAACAACACAUAAAAACUUUGGAACAAGCCAGAAACUCAGGUCAAGUUCCUCAGAUUUGUGGUGCUCCCUCCAUCCUUCCUGGAAUGUAUAUGACUGGAAAUGUGAUCACAGAUGCUCAGGUGGCUCAAGCUCGCUUACACAGGAACAUACUCAGACCUCUAGGCCGAACACAAUCAGCCCCACUUCCUCUGGGACACCCCAUCUUGCAGCCUCAAGGAAUCAUAUUAUCUCCUCAGCAGAAUGACCAGCUUUCAAAAGAAAAGCACCUACAUGAACAACAACUACAUAACUUGCUGAAACAGCACAUCCGUCAAACAGUGCUAACCAGAGCUAGCAGCAAGAACCAGGUAGAAAAUGUUGAGGAAGAGACAGAAGCUGCUGUUGCCCAGGAGAUGAAAGAUGCUCCUCCAAUUUCAAAUGCAAUUUCCACACCAGAAAUUAUUGACCUCACUGAACACAGAGAAAAAGAAGUUGAACGAGAUAGUGAGCUUGCAAAGCAGCAACGUGAUCGUGAAGCAUUCCUUCAACAACAGCGGGAUAUUAUGGCAAAGUCAUCCCUUCAGAUUAGUGAAGGAUCAGCUUUCACUCCACGGCACCAUGUUGUGAGACCUCUUUCACGUGCCCUGUCUAGUCCACUGGUUACUUUAAGCCCAAUAGGAAAUUCUCAAGAAGGUCCAGUGUCAGUGCAUCAUGCUUUCACUACAGGCUUGGUCUAUGACAGUCUUAUGUUGAAACACCAGUGUAUUUGCGGUGACAAUUACUACCACCCAGAACAUGGUGGCCGGCUUCAGAGUAUUUGGGCACGAUUGCAGGAGACAGGGUUGGUGGCUCGAUGUGAGCGAGUACGCUCCAGAAAAGCCAGCUUAGAGGAACUGCAGACUUGCCAUAGUGAAGCAUAUACUAUGCUAUUCGGUACUAAUCCUUUGAACAGGCAUAGGUUCGACAUGAGUAGACUAGACUUGCCAAUUAAGAAUUUUGUGAUGUUGUCAUGUGGAGGGAUUGGAAUAGAUUCUGACACAAUAUGGAAUGAGCUACACACUGCUAGUGCUUCUCGAAUGGCUGCUGGAUGUGUCACAGAACUCGCUUUGAAAGUAGCUACUGGAGAAGUCAAGAAUGGGUUUGCUGUUGUUCGGCCACCAGGUCACCAUGCUGAACCUCAACAAGCAAUGGGUUUUUGCUUCUUUAAUUCUAUUGCUGUUGCUGCAAAACAACUAAGACAGAGGCUAAAGUUGGAAAAAAUCUUGAUAGUUGACUGGGAUGUUCACCAUGGAAAUGGUAUUCAACAGAUUUUUUAUGAUGAUCCUCACUUCUUGUAUAUCUCUCUUCAUCGACAUGAUGAUGGUAACUUUUUCCCAGGAACAGGUGAUCCUCUGGAGGUAGGAAUUGAAGAUGGAAUUGGUUUUACUGUCAACAUUGCCUGGUCAGGGGCAUUGAAUCCACCAAUAGGAGAUGCUGAGUACAUUGCAGCAUUUAGGACUCUUGUAAUGCCAAUUGCCAGGGAUUUUGACCCAGAGAUUGUCCUUGUAGCUGCAGGCUUUGAUGCUGCUAAUGGCCACCCUGCACCACUAGGAGGUUACACACUUUCACCUGCUUGUUUUGGCUACUUGACAAAGCAGCUGAUGACACUUUCUAAAGGACGGGUUGUUCUUGCUUUGGAAGGAGGCUAUGAUCUUCCCUCUAUCUGUGAUUGUUCUCAAGAGUGUGUAAUGGCUCUGCUUGAAGAUGAGGGUAGUCCACUACAAGAGGAAGAAAUAACUCGAAAACCUUCCCCUAUAGCUGUGAAUAUUCUUCAGCAAACAAUUAGUAUUCAAGCUCCCCAUUGGCCAUGUAUCAAACGUUGGGCACCCACAGUUGGAUAUUCUCUCUUGGAGGCUCAGCAGAAAGAAAGGGAAGAGGUGGACACCAUAACAGCUCUUGCAUCACUUUCAAUGACAGUUCCACAUGGACCUCACAUUCAGAGGCCAGAACCAAACUGUUCAACCCAGCAAGUUGAAGAACCAAUGGAUGAAGAUCAGGACCAGGAUAAAUGAAAGGACUGAUGAACCAGACAUUAGAUUAUCACCAUAGUUCACAGUCUGUAACUGACCUCCCUUAUGCUUGUGGUGUGAAAGUGAAACCCAACCAACAAGUGUCAUGUAUCUCUCACACAAACUUAGAUGCUGUAGUAUUUGAACAUGUGACAACAUGCUCACAUUAAGAUAUAUAUAUAUGUUUAUAUUACUAAGAAAAAAAACUUAUUUGAUAUCUUGUGCAUUUUACAAUGGCAUUGCACAAGCAAGAGAAGAGAAAAUUUCUGUUUUUGCUGUUUCUUUAUCAACUGUAGAUAUCACAAAAUGGCAAAGAGAUGAUGUUGGAAAUUAUCCUGCCAUGCAUGGUGUUUAUAUUUAUUAAUGAUUUCCUGUCUAUUAUGUUGUAUGCUAAAAGUAUUGUCUUUUCAAUUUUGAUAAUAUUUUAGCACUGAGAAUACUGGAUGUAAAAUGUUUUUUCUGAUAACUCAAGCUUCAGAAAUCACUUGUGGUUUUGUUUAGAUUUCUAUGUAAAAAUCUAGGGAUUGAGCUGCAUGUUUUUACGAAGAAAAUUUAAUAUAUUAUCAGAUAUGCGUCUGAGAGCUGGAUUCUCAUGUACUGCCUUGGAAUGGUACAAGUGAUACAAUAAUGCUGUUUGGUCAAUUUUUUUCUUCUCUCUCUCUCUCUCUCUCUCUCUCUCAAACCUUGAAUGAAUAAUGAUAAUAUUCAGGGUUAAUAUUGUUAAACAUUCGUGUGUGACUAAAUGUGAAAGGCUGUUUCUUGUAUAUUUUCUUCAUGUUACUUCUUCACAGACAAACCAGUAGUAAAAAGCAUUUAACAGAAGUCAAAAUCACAUUGAAUUUUGUUCCUUUUAUGAUGUAAGUCUUGACUGAUUGUAAAUUAAAUCAGAUAAUCGAUUUUACAUAACCUGAGCCUUGUUAUCAUACUAUUAUAGUUGAUUUAUUGAUAUGAUUAACACAGUUUUUGUUUUUCAUGUCAGUGACUCAUGAAAAAGAAUUACAUCAUGAAUGUUGAUAUUAUUGUAACAUAUGGUACAUUAUAAAUUUAUUGUAACUCAAAUAUACUAUAAUAUAAUUCAAUUUAUGUCAUUUCUUUAUUUUAGUUUGAGUCACAUUUUGUAAAAACACAAUCAAUGUUUUAAUAUCUAGAAGCUUUCAAGUAAGCUUCUGUGUUUGGUAACUCUAUUAUGUAUUAGUUAUGUUGUUAGUAUUUUAGAUUUAAUGAUAAGAUUUAAAUGUUAUUUUUGAAGUGAUUGUGUUUCCCAUAUGUUUACUGGUAUGAAAAUAAUAUAAUAUGAACUCAGAUGCUAUUUCAUAUUUGUUGGUUUAAUAAGGAACUAGAAAUAGGACCAGUAAUUUCAUUAUUUGAUGUCUUGUGAAACUAAAUAAACUUUGGAUUUUUAAUGAAAAUGAUCAUUCAUAUUAA